AUGGCCGGUUUAUUAUACUUACUUAAAUUAUUAUUAUUUAAUUUCAUUUUAAUAUUUCCAUUCUCAAUAAUUUUAAUUGUUCAAGCUACAAUUUCAAAAGAUUUUUCAAACUUUUUAAUUAAAGAAUAUGGGGACGAAGUAGAAAAGUUAAUUGCUAGAAGAGAUUUAGGUUUUGGUGGAAGUUUUGGGGGUGGCCAAGAAAAUGAAGGAAAUAACCGUAUUUCAAAAAGACGGCCGAUAAUCUUCGUUCACGGAUUAACAAACGUUGCGGGAACAUACGAAUAUAUUCGACGUUAUUUCCUCACAAAGGGAUAUAAUAAUUCUGAACUUUAUGCAACGACAUAUUCCUAUGGUGUUAAAAGAUUUCUUAAAGAUAAGAUGGAGUGCCGACAUAUAACUCAGAUUCGUCUUCUGAUCGAAGCAGUUUCUCGGUAUAAAAAUUCCAAUAUUGACGUUGUAGCUUUUAGUAUGGGAUCACCUAUGGCAAGAAAAGCAAUACUUGGUGGAAUUUGUGUUGAUACUGGACAAUACUUAGGACAACCAUUAACUAAUUUAGUCCAUACAUUUAUUGGAGUUGCUGGUGCUAAUAGAGAUGCAGAGCCUUUAUGUAAAUUAUUAUCUUGGUCAGAACCUUGUAAUCAAAUAAAUGGAAUUUCUUGUAAUUCUGUAUUUCUGAGAGAUAUUAAUUCAGUUGUAGGUUAUGAAGCCUUUUCACGAAUUUCAGUAAUUCGUUCUGUAGAUGAUACAAUUGUCGGUAAUAUUGCAUGUGACGGACAGUCUGUAAGUUCAAUUAAUGGACAGAAUGAUGAAAUAGUGUUGAAGGGUUACUCUCACCCAAUGAUAAUUUAUGCAACUCAGGAAAUUAUUUAUAGAAUAAUUCAAGGAUUGAAUAAUUAG